AUGCAUUUUCCUUCAUUUAACCGGUCACUGAAAAAUCAGUAUUUUUUGCUUGAUGGACUUACAAAAGACCCAACACUUGAAGUUGUCCUCUUCAUUAUCUUCUUGGUUAUAUACAUCUUUACAAUUUUAGGGAACAGUGGAUUAAUUUUUCUGAUCAUAAAAUGCCCUAGUCUACAGACUCCCAUGUAUUUCUUUUUGAAACAUUUAUCUUUCAUAGAUAUGUGUUAUACUUCUGUCAUCAUCCCAAGAACUCUCUACAAUUUUCUUGCUAUGGAGAAAACCAUUACUUUACUGGCAUGUGCUGUUCAGAUGUAUUUUUAUGGAGCCUAUUUUAACACUGAAGCUCUUUUAUUAGCUGCUAUGGCUUAUGACCGUUAUGCAGCAAUAUGCAAACCUUUGAUUUACCAUGUCAUUAUAAAAAGAGAAGUAUGCCAUUUAUUUGUUUGUACAUGCUAUGCAGUUGGCUUCUUUAAUUCUUUUAUACAUACUGGGAACACAUUCAGGCAGACCUACUGCAACUCUCUUAAGAUAUCCCAUUUCUACUGUGAUGUAGCCCCAGUCCUGAAGUUGGCAUGCUCAGAUACCUCUACGACUGAACUUGUCAUUUAUGCUAUUGUAGGAGUGAACUCAUCUGUAUGUGUGGUAACCAUUGCUACAUCAUAUGCCUACAUAUUCUCUGCCAUACUAAGAAUUCAGUCUACACAAGGAAGGCACAAAGCAUUUACAACUUGUUCUUCUCACUUGGUUUCUGUGGGAACAUUAUUCGGAACUCUGAUCUACAUGUACAUGCGCCCAAACUCCAGUUAUUUGAAUGAUCAAGAUAAGGUGGUGUCUGUUUUUUACACAAUGAUAAUCCCUAUGUUAAAUCCAAUCAUUUACAGCUUCAGGAACACAGAUGUGAGGAAAGCAUUUCUGAAAAUGGCAUAA